CGAAUCAGAAGCCCAAAAGAGAAGUCGAAAAAUUUCACUCAUCGUGUGUUGGUUGCGUUUCGCGAUUUUCUGUUCUUGCGAUUCAUGUGAGGUUCUGGUGCCUGGAUUUCGCAAGAAAAAGUUUAUCAUCGCGCACAUAAGCAGCAGCAGUAGGAGUAGCUAAGUGGAAAUCGAUUUACUCGUCGGGCUUUCGGACGGAACCAGGUUCUCGGGCAGGAGUAGAAGAAGCGUGCCGUUUCAAAAAGUCGGAAUCAUGUCCGGAGCAAACAUCACCCGAAACGAAGUGGUGCAGUUUGUGCUGCGUAUUUCGUUGGUAUCGAUUGUAACGUACUAUUCGGCCAAAUGGCUCAUGAAGAACCUGGACCCGACCAACAAGAGCAAGAAGAAGGCCAUCGAAAAGGCGGAGGACAUUCUGAGAAGACUUGGCCCGAACAUCAAAAAGAGCGCCCUGACUAAUCUGAAUGACUACGAGCUGGUGAUUGCUUCGCAUCUGGUGGUUCCGGAAAACAUCACUGUCAGCUGGGACAGCAUUGCCGGGCUGGACCAUGUCUGCCAGGAAAUCAAGGAAAGUCUGGUCUUCCCGGUGUGCCAUCGAGACAUGUUCUCAGCGUCGUCGCUGUACCAAGCGCCAAAAGGGGUUCUGCUAUACGGGCCUCCAGGAUGUGGCAAGACCCUAAUUGCAAAGGCAACCGCCAAGGAAGCUGGUAUGCGUUUCAUCAAUCUGGAUGUGGCCAUGCUGACCGACAAGUGGUACGGCGAGUCGCAAAAGUUGGCAUCGGCCGUGUUCUCGUUGGCCGUCAAAAUCCAACCGUGUAUAAUAUUUAUCGACGAAAUUGAUUCGUUCCUCCGGGCGCGCAAUUCUUCCGAUCACGAGGCAACGGCUAUGAUGAAGACGCAGUUCAUGAUGCUCUGGGAUGGACUGAACACGGAAUCGGAUUCAACCGUUAUCGUAAUGGGAGCAACCAAUCGGCCCCAGGAUCUGGACAAGGCCAUUCUGCGUCGUAUGCCAGCUCAGUUCCACAUUGGACUGCCCAGCGAAGAUCAGCGAUUGAAGAUUCUGCAACUCAUUCUGCGCCAAGAAAAACUUGCCAAGGAUGUAGAAUUUGGCCAACUGGCACGAAUGACCAACGGAUACUCUGGAUCGGAUCUGAGGGAGAUGUGCCGCAAUGCUUCCGUCUAUAGAAUCCGAAAGGUAAUGCGUGAAAAGAAUAAGGAAAUGGCCGCAGCAGCAGCCGCGGCCGUGGCAGCUGCAGCAGCUGAAUCCAGCAAGACAAAUGGCAUGACGAAUGGCAGUUGUUCCACAACGGCUGCGGUUCCGUCCUCCUCCGGAUCUCCAAUGCUGGACGAAGCUCCAGCCAUCACGAUGGAUGACCUAAUCGAAUCAUUGCGAAAUAUGAAACACUCCAAGUACAACUCGGGGCACUUGAACGAUUCACGCAUAGAUUUAGACUAAGCGCGCUUUUAUCCAUAGCAUUCAAUAAACUGAGAAUCAAAUAGAAACGCUUACAUGCAGGAGUGUUGAACAUUGUUCCAAACCCACGUUAUGUUACAACCCUGUACGAAUUUGAUUGUAUGUGUGUAUAGUUAUAUUUCCAUCUCAAGUCAGAUUAUGUUUGCACAAUUUUAGCGCUGAUUAGUAGAUGCAAUCGUACGUGUGUAUUUAAAUACCCAGUGGAAUCAACUAAUCGAAUUAUAUAUUAUGGAAAUACAAAUAGCUUUCAUUAGCACAUACGCCUAGAAAUCCUCCAAUACGAGAAAGCUGAAAUGAGACGAUCGGUUUGAUUGUCUAAAAGGUGAUGGAUUACCGUUCGAAAGGAUUUGAAUUUAAUGGCAUCGUGUACAAUCAUUUCUCACAGAAACGUUUCUAUGGUGAGUUUAAAUUAUAAAAAAAAUCUUUUAAUUUAAUAUAACUAGGAUUAGGUUUUCCUGUAGAUACUGAGAAAGAAACUGAAUAAAUAGUAGCUAUGAUAGAAGCGUUGACGAAA